UAGAUUUCACUCACACAAGGAGCAGCAAAGAUUACAGUGAAGCAAAGAGCGAGCGAAAGAGGCGGAGAACCCCUUCCUCGUCUCCAUUAGUUUGGAGCUGUGUCCAAGGCCAAGAGAGAAGAAGAUAAAAGAGUAGCGAUGGAUGAGAAGAAGAGAAGCAAACACUCCUCCGAUGACAAAAAAUCGUCUUCCGCAUCCCUUGUUUCUGGCAAUAAUGUUAUCAUCAAAAGUGCGGACAUGAAGGAGGACCUGCAGAAAGAGGCGAUCGAUUGUGCUCUCUCCGCUUUUGAGAAAAACACCGUGGAGAAGGAUAUUGCAGAACACAUCAAGAAAGAGUUCGACAAGAAGCAUGGACCUACCUGGCAUUGUAUCGUCGGUCGCAAUUUCGGUUCAUAUGUCACUCAUGAGACAAACCACUUUGUCUACUUCUAUUUGGAUCAAAAAGCAAUUUUGCUAUUCAAAUCUGGUUGAUGGUGGGGGUUUACUGUGGUAAUAAGAUGUUGGUGAGUUUAUGAUUAGGUGACUAAAUAUAGCAAAUAUGUGUCAAUUGAAUACUUCUCAAGCAAAAUCUCUUGCAGGAUGGUGUGCACAAUCUGUAUAUUGACUUGCAUCCCGGAUUGGAUUGGAACACUAAAUCUAUUGAUUGAUUGACCACUAGGUUUCUUUUCUUGU